AUGUUGAGAGUCAAGAAUAUAAGUAAUUCGGUUCGUCUUGCUUCUAGAGCUAGACAUGGGUCCCUUUCAUCAAGGGCUUUCAGCAAUUUUUCAAGAUUGAAUGCAGCUGUAAAUGACGAAUCCAAUGUUAAGCCUUUUAAGCAUGCGUUAGGCAGAGAUGCACAGAGAUACUCGGACGAGCCAGGUACGUUUGGUAAGACGACGUUCACCGAGUCGAUGGACGAGGUAGACAUGACGUGGGGAAGAGACGACGACCCUAAGCACGUUGAGAAGCAAAACACCAAGAUCAGACAUUUCACCAUCAACUUCGGGCCUCAGCAUCCAGCAGCUCACGGUGUGUUGAGAUUGAUUUUGGAAUUACACGGGGAAGAAAUUGUCAGGGCCGAUCCACACGUUGGGUUGUUACACAGAGGUACAGAAAAGUUGAUUGAGUCCAAGACAUACAUGCAAGCCAUACCAUACUUUGAUAGAUUGGAUUAUGUUUCCAUGAUGACCAACGAAUUAGUGUUUGCAUUAGCUGUGGAAAAGUUGUUGAACAUUGAGGUUCCACUCAGGGCCAAGUACAUUAGAACUUUGUUUGGGGAAAUCACCAGAAUCUUGAAUCAUUGUAUGUCGGUAUUGUCGCAUAUUAUGGAUGUCGGUGGUUUGACUCCGUUCUUGUGGGGUUUCGAAGAAAGAGAAAAGUUGAUGGAAUUCUACGAGCGUGUUUCCGGUGCUCGUUUACACAGUAACUACGUUAGACCAGGUGGUGUUUCGCAAGAUAUGCCUGUCGGUUUAUUGGACGAUAUUUACAUGUGGGCUACUCAAUUCGGUGAUAGAAUUGAUGAAACCGAAGAAUUGAUCACCGAUAACCGUAUUUGGGCUGCCAGAACCAAGGAUGUAGGUGUGGUCACCGCCGAAGACGCCUUAAACUACUCGUUAUCUGGUGUCAUGUUGAGAGGUUCAGGUAUUCCAUACGAUAUCAGAAAGGCGCAACCUUAUGAUGCUUACGAAUUGGUUGACUUUGAUGUCGCUGUGGGUAUGAACGGUGAUUGUUACGACCGUUACUUAAUCAGAAUGGCUGAAUUUAGACAAUCCUUGAGAAUUAUCUACCAAUGUAUCAACGAUAUGCCAAAUGGUCCUAUCAAGACUGAAGACUUUAAGGUCUCUGCGCCACCAAGAAGUAUGAUGAAAGAAGAUAUGGAAGCAUUAAUCCACCAUUUCUUGUUAUAUACCAAGGGUUAUGCUGUUCCACAAGGUGAAACUUAUACUGCUAUUGAAGCACCAAAGGGUGAAAUGGCCGUUUAUGUUGUUUCCGACGGUUCUGAAAGACCUUAUAGAUGUAAAAUCAGAGCUCCAGGUUUUGCUCACUUGGGAGCAUUUGACCAUAUUUCCAGAGGUAACUUAUUAGCUGAUGCUGUUGCUAUCAUUGGUACCAUGGAUUUAGUCUUCGGUGAAGUCGAUCGUUAG